AUGGUUGUUGUUGAUUUCUUUCAACCAAUGAAGGUUGAUUAUAUUCCAUUGAGGUUUCAGAAUUAUAGACUUGUACCUAGAAGUUCUUGUGAUGGCUUGCUUUGCAUGGCAAAAUUAGGUGACAUUGAUAAUGUUUUUGUACCGUCAACCGGAAAAUCUAUAAAACUGUUGUACGAAUCGAGGAUUGAUUUUCCCAAUAAAAAACACAUUGUUUGGAAAUGUGAUUAUCGAAUUGGUUAUGAUAACAUUAAUGAAGAUUACAAGGUGGUGAGAAUUGGGGGACUCCAAAAUGAACAAGGAUUCAUCGAUUAUGAGAUUAAUGUUUAUAGUUUGAGAUCAAAUUUGUGGCAUAAGGUAGAUAAAUUUUCUCACUAUCCGAAUUUGAAUAGUUUUGGAGAUUUUGUUGCUGGUGGAGCUCUGCAUUGGAUCACCUCAACGAAAAACUUGAUUGUUGCCUUUGAUCUUGGAACUGAGAAAUACAGAAUACUUCCACAUCCGGAGUAUCGCAAUUCUUAUAACCGUUUAUAUUUGAAGAAUUUAGGAGGAUGUCUUUUGUUGACUUGUCAUUACACAUCAUCAUCGUACACUAAGUCAUACGAGAAAAUUAUGAUUGAAGUUGUCGCAGGAUUAAUGAUCAUACCCAUUUGCCUUGAAAGUCUAGUCGAUUUUUCGGAAUAA